UGAUUUUGAAAAUGAUGAAUAUAUACCAUUGAUAAUUGCCCCAUCAGUUGCUGCACGAGACUAUGUACAUCACUAUGGAUGUAUUGAUCGUGCAGGAAAUAUCGGUUAUGCUUAUACAUUUCUCACAUCAAAACAAGAAGGAUAUGCUAGUCAUAUAAUAGAACCUUUAAAAGAAUCUGGUACGCCUGUACCAGAAGAAUUAACUUUUUUAUGGAAUGAUUAUGUAAAAAAAAUGAAAGCAAUGGGUAAAGUCAUUCAAAUUAGUCGUGGCCAUUUUAGUGGACAACAUGAAGAUACGGACGAAGCAAGUGAAGAUAUCCAUGAAAAAAUUCAAUCGUUAUUUAAGAGUAAAAAAUUGACUCGAGCUAAAGACGAUGCAAGAAUUGCUGAAAAUCAAGACAUAGUAAGUAAUUCAAUUGUUAUAAUUAAUGAUACAGCAUUAAAAUCAGAAAGAGCCAAGAAAUUUGCAACACGCCUUAUAUCGAAUAAAUCUGAAACUCGAGAUUCAAUAAGACAAGUAGCAACAUCAUUAUUUCAACAUGGCGUAUGA